AUGGUCAGUCCAUAUGAGCCUCUGCAUUCCAAGUGCCAUCACUUACCCAUCCUACCACCCCUGCAGCUGAUCUUCUCCGUGUUCAAGACGCUGACGGACCAGGAAGUGACGGUCGAGCUCAAGAACGACCUCUCGAUCGUCGGCACGCUCAAGUCCGUCGACCAGUUCCUCAACAUCAAGCUCGACAACAUUCGUGUUCUGGACGAGGACAAGCAUCCUCAUAUGGUUCGUCCGGCAGCGGGGGGCAAGGGCAAGGGCGUCGUGUGGAUGAGGGAUCUUGUCGAGCUGAGCUGAGCUUGAGCGUAUGCUCCUCUCGCUCUACAGAUGGCAGUGAGGAAUUGCUUCAUUCGUGGCAGUGUCGUACGAUACGUGCAAUUGCCCAAAGAGGCCGUCGAUACCCAACUGCUGGAGGACGCCACAAGGCGAGGUCAGUCGAUAGUCGAAUCACUGCUAUAA